AUGUGGCGGAGGACGUAUCUCCUGCUCCUGCUGGUGCGCGUCUACCUCGCCCUCUGCCCAAGCUACAUCCAUCCAGACGAGAACUUCCAGGGCCCCGAGCUCUUUGCCGGCCGGCUGUUCUCCUUUCCGUCGCAUCUAACGUGGGAAUUCACCUCCGACACGCCCAUACGCAGCAUCUUCCCGCUAUGGCUCGUCUACGGCCUGCCCAUGACACUGCUCAAGUGGCUCUGGGCAGAGACUGGCAACGACAACCCAAACCCGCCGCCGCAGCUGAUAUACCAUGUCCUGCGCCUGACCAUGUUCCUGCUCAGUCUCAUCCUCGAGGACUGGGCCAUACAUGAGCUGGUGCCGAAUCCGCGGCGCAGGAGGCAGGCUGUCGUGCUUGUGGCCAGCUGCUAUGUUACCUGGACAUAUCAGACGCAUACCUUUUCAAACUCGCUGGAGACGCUGCUGGUGCUCUGGAGCUUGGUCUUGAUACAGCGUAUUGUCGAGAACAAGGUGGGUUGUCUUCUACUAGCUAUUCAGUGAUAUUAUAUAGAUUGGUGCUGACGGAUAUUUAGCAUCGGUCGUCGGUGUUUACUUGUGCUUUUCUCUCGCUCGUGGUUGUCAUGGGCGGGUUUAACAGAAUCACUUUUCCCGCUUUCAUCAUGAUACCCGCACUGCAGCUAGUGCCUCGUUUCAUUGACAAGUACGUACCAUCUAUAUCUACACAUACAUCUAUGUACUAACAGCCUGUAGACCCCUCUCAUUAAUUUCUCUCGCAUUCUUCGGCCUGCUAUUCUCCUUCUUCGCAAUCGCCAUUGACACAGCCUUCUACACCCUCCCAGACUCCCUCUCAGCCUUCAUCCGAAACCCAACCAUAACACCACUAAACAACCU